AGGAUGGAAACAUACUUUUUUUUUUCUUCUAUAAAACACUAAAUAAACCUGCCAUGAUAUCUUAACUACGGUAUAUUUUGGGAUGAUACAACCAGGGCACUUUCUACUAGUUGCUCCAUUUGUAUGUCAUGGAGGUGCAGUAAGGGAUGCUGGAGUAGGCUGUGCUCGACAGCAGAAGGCAGGCACUGUGUCUGCUAACAAACAAUUGACAUUUUCCUGCAGAAAACCUUAGCAGAGAGAUAUCUUCACAGGGGACUAAACACGCAGGAUGUGAAAGAGGAGACAGUCACGUGUGCACAGUGAAGAAGAGAAGAUGGCACUGGUUGUGGUUGGUGCUCUCCUGUGCAUCUCCUGUUGGGUCUCUCUCUACCUCAUCCUGUGUAACCUAAACGGGUCCAGGAGCUACGAGUGGAACUGUCGCCUGGUCACCCUGGUACACGGCAUCCUAGCAGUCUGCAUCACAGGAUACAUAGGCUAUGUGGAUGGACCUUGGCCUUUCACUUAUCCAGGUACCAAGAACACUCCACUGCAGAUAAGUGCCAUGGUGGUGAGCCUGGGCUACUUUAUUUUUGAUAUGGCCUGGUGUGUGUACUUCCGCACAGAGGGACCCGUUAUGCUGGCCCACCACACCAUGAGCAUCUUGGGAAUCCUGUUGACCCUAUGGCUGGGGGAGUCCGGCAUUGAGUCCUGCGCAGUACUCUUUGGCAGUGAAAUCACCAACCCCCUCCUGCAGGCACGCUGGUUCCUCAAACAGACAGGACGCUACAGGACGCUGCUGGGGGACGUCGUGGACGUCCUGUUUGUGCUGCUGUUCGUGGUGAUGCGAGUCUUUGUGGGAGGCACAAUGCUGUACUGUGAGCUGAUCUCCCCGAGACCCAGAUUCUUUAUCAAGUGUGGGGGGGUGGCUAUGUACGCUCUAUCCUGGGUGUUUAUGGUGGACAUUGUUCGAUUUACCAUUCGGAAGAGCAAGAGCUGGCAAAAACAGAAGACAGACCAACAAGAGACGGUGGCAGCUAAUGGUCAUGAAGGGAAGAAGGACUGAUAGCCGGUGCUUCUCUAAAGGAAAUCUGUUUGUUUUUCUCACACUGGAAACUCAAGGGAAAGUACAAAAUAAAUCGACUUUUUGUAUGUUGCACUGAUAAUAAAAAAGGGAUUUUUCAAAGUCAUAGUUUUCCGUGUCGACAAAAUAUUGUGUGACAUCUGUCUGUAAGGUGCAACAUCUGGGCAGUUUUUAAACAACUCGUUUUUUAUACAGCUUUUCAGCUGAACCCAUGUUUGAUUAUUGUGAAAAAUGUGCAUUUAACAAACAACACAGAUUGACAUUAUGUCACUGAAAACCUAAGCACUUUCUACAAACGCAUGAACAGAUGUUGCUUUCAGUUGAAGUGAACUGUGGCUUAGUCAUAUGUGGUGGUGCUUUGAAGGAAAGAGACAGUUUACAUCCUCGUGAAACAUUUUCAGUCAUUUCAAAAUGUUACGAUUGGUUUCCUUCUAAUCCUCUGGGGUUUUUGUGCAUGGUAAACUUUGAGUAGAUUUGAGGAGGGAGAGACUCAGGGAGAUGAAGUUAUAUCAGAAUGUUGGGAUGAACUCCAGAGAAGGUGUGUUUUGAGUAUUUGUUUAAUCUAAGUCAUAGCAAUUCCUAUAAACUGUUGCUUGAUGUCUGGAUCCUUUCCAGAGCCUGCCCAAAAAACAUUUUACUCCUUUGUGUAAAGGGAUAUAUGGAGAGGAAUAUUUCUAUAACAUAGCUCUACUGGUAAUGCUAAUAUUUUGCAGUCCAUUCAGAUAUUUAUGUUAACUAUAAAUACCUUGACAUGUUUGUUGAAAUGGAGUCAGAAUUUGUACAUUAUAUAGUAUAUUAAGUUAUGUGUGGAGUCUGAUUUCAAAAGACCGGCACACUGUACUAAUGGCUCCACAUUGAUUUUAUAGAGUUGUAUUUCAGUCUCAUAAAGAUCUUGUCAGGCAAGAUAAUUAAAUACAAUUUAUUUUGCGCUUUCUGUACAGUGUCCUGAUCUUUUAUCUGACUUCUUCGGUUACAUCUAUUUUGUCCAGCACGGUAAAAUGUUUUUUUUGAGAUGUACAUGCUCUACACUCUGUUUGUCUUGAUCUUUGAGACAAACAUCCGCUACUGUCAGGACCAAGCAGGUUGCCUCUGACUUGGGGUAGGAACAAAAUCUGUGCAAUCAUGCAUGCAUCUUAUGUUUUUAGCCCCUAAAAUGUCAGACAGUUAUCAAUGAUCUACUGUCAGUAAAAUGCAUAUCGGGAUGAUGAAAUCAUUUCGGGUUUUUAUUUUUGCAAAACUCAGUUCCACUCAAUCCAAACAAACUAACAUAUGAAAUAGUUUUAUUUAAUUAUUGGGAUUUAUGUGUGUGAAGAGUUUUAGCAUUUUAUGUGUGUUUUGUCAUAAUAUAAUAUUAAUUGUCAGAAAAAAAUAUUUAACUCAAUAUUGUGAUAUUGAUUACCAUUAUAAUGUCCAGAAAGAACACAACUUUUGGGAUAAAUGCAGGUGGAUUGAAAAUAUUACGAUUUAGCCUUCUCAAUUUCUGAAUUUGUUCCAUGCCAAGAAUGUUACCAAACUACCAGGUUUUAACUUUGUGCUCAGACUUUAUAUAUAUCCUAUUAUUAUGACCAUAUCCUGUUUGUUAUUAUAAUAUUAUUGGAUAUCUACAGUAACAUUUUAAAUCGCCUGCCACCCCUCUUUUUUCUUAUUCAUAUUUGAUUGAGAUUUGGUUUGUGGCGCUCAUUAUCUAUCUGUCUCUUUAUCUAGUGUUCACUGUUAAUCUUCUGAGCAUCACUAUUGUAUCUAAGAAAGCAAAAAUCUAACUGGUGUGUGCCUUAGUUAUCUGAAUGUACUUUCAUAAUGUUUUGGUUGUUUUUUGUAUUGUGCUGUACUGUAAACCCUCCACCACAAAUAUAGGAGUAAU